AUGAAAAAGAUUCGGACGAAGGCUUCGACGGACACGAAGCUCCGUCAGAGAUGCGAGGGACAAAUCGGAAAGCUCUGUGUUGGGCCUGUUUGGCUCGAUUUAGGUGAUCUGGACACAUAUGAACCGAACGCAGACGUUGUGUUUCUGCUGGUAGACAUGCGGAACUCCGAAGAUGCCGUUGUUUACAUCCAUAACAGCGCCACCUCCGAGACGGUGGAUAUUGUUGGCAGCGAUGACUUCGGAGGUCACAUGGUCAUAAUAAAAUGGGAGGCUGAACAUUUUUUGAAGUGCUACGGUGCAAUGAGAGUUGCUAUGGUAAAGGCUAAGCUUCCUGAGGGCAGUUCUACAUAA